CUCUCAUAGGAUUUAGUUUAUGACACAGGAUUUACAAGUAUCAAUUACUUACAGUAACCAAGAAGUCAAUAAAACACACUGUGGAUAUAUAAUAUACUUUGACUAAAACUGGAAUGAAGAACUUGUAGGGAAUCAAAGAUAAUGCCUAAAUCUGUCUUCAUUAUCAUCACCUUAAGAAGAGAACAGUUGAGACCAGACCACGUAUUCAGACAUGGUAACUGAAAAUGGGUGGAUCUGACUCACUGAGUCACAUUUCAUGGCUUAUGCUACAUAGGUAAAAUUAACAGUGACUAAAAAUGAAAUUACUGACAAAGGUUGCUCCUGGACCAUAUGAGAGAGUCCAAGUACUGACUCGGCUCAAAGGAAAUAAAACCGAAAACUCUUGAUCUCACCCAAAAUAACCAUUCUGCACCCUGUCUGAACCUUGGGCUCUCUCUACUAACCAGCCUACUCAAAACCACUACUGAGAGUGGUGUCCCGCUGCUAAGAAACAGACAACACACAGGGCCUUUCGGGCCACCAAACUAGUAGCCAAGAAGGAACCAUCAAAGACGCGGGCAUGAUCCCCUUUGGAGCUCCCCGAUCUUGACUAAUCAUCCAUCCCUACAGAAAAGGCCAAUCGGGCUCCAUCCCUACAGAAAAGGCCAAUGGGCCUUACAAUUGGGCCCAUUUUUAAAGCAAGGUCACUUCAUCAACCUAGAUACGUUUGCACUGGGGGAGGUCUCUCACAUCGCCUCAUACUUGAAGUGAAAAUGAAGAUUCAACGUUCCUCUCAGUGGGAAGGCCCGGAAGUGCCUUCUUGGCUCAGUAGUGGCUCUUCUGGGUCUUGGUCUUGCUGGUAAAGAAUGCAAUUAGGUAAAAAUCGCGUGUCAGUUUGAAAGAGAUUCGACACCCAGUUUCAGCGUUCAUGAGAAGAAAGGCGUAGGAAAUCCCCACGCGGGCCUCUCUGCUUCACGUGAGGAGGAAAUUGUCACAAGUCUCUGCCUUCCUCAGGUCCCCUUCCUAGGGGAUUCCUCAUCGCAUCCCCUAGCCGCCCUACCCCACCACGGUCCUUGGGACCCGCGGUGUUCUCUCCUUGAUCCCUUCGGCCCCUAGACUGGGGAAUCCCCGGAACGCGACACCGUGGCUUCUUUUCCUUUAUUCUCUUCCUGCCUUCCGCUCCGCUCAGAGAGCAAGGGGCCAGGAGCGCGGGAAAAUGGCGCCGGAGGCGAGGCGCGAAGAGUUCGCAUGCCUGCUGCCGCGUGGGCGCGAGAGGAUCUGGCGGUCGCCUGCAGCGCCGUCGCCCCGCCCCCGCGCGCGAGAAUCGAAGCACGCACGCGUUCUCCUGCGCGUCCGCUCCCGCCGUUGCGACGGACGGGUAGGGGAGGCGACUCCGGAGUUCUGCUCCGCACUGUGGAGGAGGUGUGGAGGUGUUGGGCCAGGGCUGAGGUAGGAGGGAGUCUGUCCCUCGACGCCUCCUGCGACGCCAGCCCCUGAGCCGUGAUGCGAACGUGCGUCCUACUCUCCGCGGUGCUCUGGUGCCUCACAGCAGUCCAAUGCCCGCGUUCUACCUUAUUCAAUGCGAAAGGCUUCAUUUAUGGCAAGACAGGACGGCCAGACAAAAUAUAUGUAAAGUUACAUCAAAAUAGUCCAGUCUUUAUCUGUAUGGAUUUUAAGCUUUCUAAAAAAGAAAUAGUGGACCCCACCUACUUAUGGAUUGGGCCUAAUGAAAAGACGUUAACAGGAAAUAAUAGAAUAAAUAUAACUGAAACUGGACAGCUGAUGGUGAAAGAUUUUUUGGAGCCUUUGUCUGGACUUUACACAUGUACUCUUUCUUAUAAGACUGUUAAAGCAGAAACUCAAGAAGAAAAAACAGUCAAAAAGAGAUAUGACUUUAUGGUCUUUGCCUAUCGGGAACCUGAUUAUUCAUAUCAGAUGGCUGUACGUUUUACCACAAGGUCUUGUAUAGGGAGAUACAAUGAUGUAUUCUUUAGAGUGCUGAAGAAACUCUUGGAUAGUCUAAUUUCUGAUUUGUCAUGCCAUGUCAUAGAGCCGUCAUAUAAAUGCCAUUCUGUUGAAAUUCCAGAACAUGGCCUCAUACAUGAGCUAUUUAUAGCAUUUCAAGUUAAUCCUUUUGCGCCAGGGUGGAAAGGUGCUUGCAAUGGAUCUGUUGACUGUGAAGAUACCACUAAUCAUAAUAUCCUCCAGGCAAGAGAUCGAAUAGAAGAAUUUUUUCGGAGCCAAGCAUAUAUUUUCUACCAUAACUUUAAUAAAACUCUACCAGCAAUGCAUUUUGUGGACCACAGUUUGCAAGUAGUACGUCUGGAUAGCUGUCGACCAGGCUUUGGAAAAAAUGAACGUCUACACAGUAAUUGCGCUAGCUGUUGUGUGGUUUGUAGUCCUGCGACUUUUAGUCCUGAUGUUAAUGUAACUUGUCAGACCUGCGUUUCCGUCCUUACCUAUGGAGCUAAAUCUUGCCCACAAACUUCAAACAAAAAUCAGCAAUAUGAAGAUCAGAGGUGAAAGCAUUGUUACUUACUUGUGGAAGUCGGGGACAUAAGAUGAUUUUCACAUCCCAGAGCAUCAUAGAUAGUUCCAUUAAGUAAAAUCAGUAAGACCAAACCACUGGAAAACAUGCAUUUUGGAAACUUUAAAAUAAAUGGUUAACAUGGCAUUUCUAAGAAGGCAUUUAAUCCAGUAUCUCUAGUGUACAAAGGAAACUUGAAGUUUUAAUGGAUUAUUUUUAAUGAAAUGUUUUAUUGUUUACAAACGGUAUGUUGCUGUGUACCUAAGAGUAUAGUAAAGUCAAGAAGAGUAUCAAAGUAUAAUAAAAUAAAAAUUGUAUACUCUCCAUAUA